AAGCGCUCAGACAACUCAAGACUGAUACCUAGCUUCCAAACAUGGCAAUCAAGACAGUUUUUGCUGUUUUUCUCGUACUGGCUGGAUUCGCAGGCAUGUCGUUCGCAGGAACUAUUCAUCUCAAAAACUCCAAGAUGACUUUGACAGGGACUGGUACCAUUAAAGUGAACCCACUUGAAACCUUUUGGGCUGGAAUAGCGAACACUCGUCGCUAUCCUACAAUACUCAGCGGUGACCUGAUCGCUCUAAGACUCUCCUAUUCUAGUGGUGCCCCACGAUGGAUGCAGUGUUCUAAGUCAUCAUACUGCACCACGUCAGCCUGCCCUGGAGGAAAAGUCAUGCUAAAUUCCAAGUUCUCGUCCUGUAAAACCGUGGUUUUCCGCAUACGAACCCUCGAUAAACAAGACGGUCAGGCGGUGGAAAGCGGUGAUUACGUUGCUCUUACCUUUCCGUAUAAUGGUGGGAAGACUUUAUAUUGCUUUAGGUCAAGCUCUAAGCCUUGCCGUGCAUUGUAA